AUGGGCCCAGCAAUGUUGUCCGACAUUAAAAUGCUAGAUACGCUAGCGUUGACAGAUCUGUUGGAAGAUAAUCUGUCUCCACCGGAAAUCACAUCGAUCUUUAUAUUCGCCACUAAUGGAGCCAUUUUUGCUCAUGCCUCUACUCUUUCCCAGCGCCAAAUCAGGGGCCUGUGUGCAACAUAUGGAGCCGCCUACAAAGCGUAUGCCGUUAGCCACUCUCAGGGAAACUUAACAGCCGUCAACCCCGCAAACCACCCUUCAUCGUUCGUAACGACUUCGUCGAUACCACUAGGAGAUGUCGGCAGCAUUAUUUUCGAGCAGGAAGGGCAUGUCGCGGUGGUAACGAAGAUUGCAGACAAGGUCCUUUUGGCCGUAGUUGGGCCAACACGGAUUGAUCGUAACGCCGUGUCAUCGCCUUCAAACACCAGCAGUCGACGCCCCGUCUUAACGAGCUCCGCCGCGAGCGACAUCGAGCGAACCCUCAGACCAGUCGACUCUUUCCCGACAGCUCAUGACCAUCUCAGUGGCUCUGCCUAUGAACAAGCCGGGAAGCUUGCCUCAUCAGCCCCAGCUCCUGGCGGCUCUCUUUCCAUCACCCAGCUGUCUGCACGCAUUGCUGCUUCCAAUAAAGCAGCCAACGAAGACGCUGACAAGUCGCUCCGCGCCCAGUGGGAAAUUGACAGAACUAGCGACCUCGAAAGACUGGCUAGUUUGAAUCUUAACUCACCAUCCACGAUUUUACUUGCGCUAGAGUCGAAAUCUGCGGCUCUCGGAAGGUUCUUGAGCAAUAAACUGGCAGAUUUGGAAACCCCAGAGGAUUUUUAA